AUGCGUAUUGGUCGGGGCCACCGUGACUAUAGGGACAUCGCCCUCAAAGCGCAAGUCCGGGCUAUUCUACGGCGCACCCAGAACUCGAGCCAUUACGGCAACCCAUAUAUUUCGGUUCACGAUCAAAUCCAGGUGCAAGAUGCUGUCUUCAAGCAGGCGUCGCGGCUGGAUAGCCUGCACAGAAGCACCAAAGCCUGGCGGAACUUCUACAGGUUGAAAUCUGCCAACCACGGCUUCACCGUAGCUGUCAAAGAUAACAUCGUCACUGCAACUUUACCGACGACAUGUGCCUCCAGGAUUCUCAAAGGAUUCUGCCCUCCGGAAGAUGCCACCGUCACGAGACUACUUGAAAAAGCGGGAAUGGUCAUGGUCGCGAAGACGAAUAUGGACGAGUUUGGGAUGGGUUCGCACUCCACCGACUCCGCAUACGGCCCCGUGGUCAACGGCGGUGCAGUGAAGAGUGACCAUUUGUCGGUAGGUGGAAGCUCUGGCGGGAGUGCUCUCGCUGUGGCCAAGGACCUGACUCAUAUCGGGAUCGGGACCGACACGGGAGGCUCCGUCAGACUGCCGGCAGCAUAUAUGAGCCUGGUGGGCUUCAAGCCUUCCUAUGGAAUGAUAUCUCGCACGGGGGUGAUACCUUAUGCAAACUCUCUGGAUACCGUCGGCAUUCUCGCCAAAUCUGUCGUUGACGUUAGGUUGACUUUCGACAUGCUGCAGCGACCAGACGUCUCGGAUCCCACAUGUCUGGAUCAGUCGUCUCGAGAGCGAGUCAGAGCCGCAAAGCAUAAGAGAAGACGAGCCAUUCUUACGUCUAAGUUGUUCGUUACCAGGGUUCCUUCUUCAAAGAGCUUGCUUGAAGCACAAGGUCUCGCGUCUCUGGCUUCCAGAAGAAGAAAUCUUGCUGUCACAGCGGCGCAAAAACACCACACUCGACGAAUAGGAGUACCUUUGGAAUACAACAUCGAAGAGAUGCACCCCCUUGUCCGCUGGGCGUGGACAGCAACCCUGAGUCAUCUGCAGAAUGUCUACAAGUUCGAAAUUGUGCCCAUUUCUCUCCCGGCUACAAAGCAUGCACUUUCAGCUUACUACGUUUUGGCCCCGGCCGAAGCUUCUUCGAAUCUUGCGAAAUACGAUGGUGUUCGGUAUGGCCGACGGCGAACGGCGCCCGCAGAUGGAGAUGGCAACCAGCUCUAUUCAACCUACAGGUACGAAAACUUUGGACCUGAGGUGCGCAGGCGUAUUCUCAUGGGAACUUAUUCCUUGAGCGCUGGGGCAAUGGACAACUACUUCAUCCAGGCCCAGAAGAUCCGUCGACUGGUGCAGCAGGACUUUGACGCGGUGUUCAGAAUGCCAAAUCCCCUCCGCGAUGGUACCGCGGAAAACCCCAACGGCGUGGACAUGAUCAUUGUCCCUACCGCGCCAAGUCCACCGCCAUAUAUUGAAAGCUUGAAAACCUCUCGACCCGUGGAACGAUAUAUGAAUGAUGUGUUCACGGUGCCGGCAAGCCUAGCGGGUCUUCCUGCGAUAUCGGUCCCUGCACCAGCACACCCUGAUCAUCCUUGGGAUCCCGAAGUGGCCGUUGGCAUGCAGGUCAUUGGGCAAUACGGUGACGACUUCUCCGUCAUCUACUUUGCACAGAAUUUUCUGUCAAAUUUUCACCGAAGAGACAUGAGACGGAUAGUCGAGACCAAGAUAUUGACCUAG